AAGCUCCUCACCCACUUCAUCAUUAGAAGCGUUACGUCAUUCAAUAUUUCAAUUCAAUUCAAAUAAAAUCAUGGAUGAUUCUUCUUCUACACCACAGAAACAACAAGACCCUCUUCCCAUGUCAAUCGACCCCACCACCACCACUUCGCCCCUCCGCAGGUCCAGGACACGCCUUGCCGACCGCCUUCUCGAACCGGAGGAUUCGCCGGAACCCACCGUGCCGCGAAGGAGGGCCAAGGCGGGAAGAGGGGCACAGGCGGCGGUCGCGGCGGCACUGCCAUCUCCCAGAAAGUCUCGGAAGCCGAGGAGGCGCUCCGAGCCUGACGUUCGGGACGAGAAGGACGCUACGGCGGAAGAGGCUGGAAAACCUAGAAAGCGAAGGAACACAGUGCGGUCCAAGAAGGAAAAAUCAAACCCGGUGCUCCCACCACCUUCAAUCCCAUUUCCUCCAACUGAAGAAGAAGAAGGAGAAGGAGAAGAAGAAGAAGAAGAGAAUGGAGGUGAUUUGGAGCGUGUUGGGCAGGUGAUCAGUGAUUUGAUCAUGUGGAAAGAUGUGGCAAAAUCAACCCUUUGGUUUGGUUUUGGGUCUCUCUGCCUCUUAUCUUCUUGCUUUUCCAAAGGACUCAACUUUAGCAUUUUCUCUGCAAUGUCACAAUUGGCUAUUGUUUUUCUUGGUGUCUCCUUUGUCCUAAACACAAUUUGCCAAAGGAACCAGGUUGAGAAAAAGCGCGAGUUCAAGCUGAAAGAAGAUGACAUUUUGCACCUUGCAAAAUUGAUUCUGCCGACUUUGAAUCUCACAAUUUCAGUUACAAGAGAGCUGUUUUCAGGAGAACCAUCCAUGACCCUCAAAGUAGCUCCUUUCCUUUUACUAGGUGCGGAAUAUGGACACUUUAUUACAAUCUGGAGGCUGUGUGCCAUUGGGUUUUUAAUCAGCUUCACUGCUCCGAAGCUUUAUUCUUGCUACACCGAAAAGAUAAACCAAAGAGCUGAUCGCUUUACAUUAUGGUUGUUGGACAUAUGGUGUACUUGUACUCACAAGAAGAAACUAGUAGUAUCAGCACUUAUGGCUUUCUGGAAUCUUUCCUCCAUAAAAACUCGAAUCUACACAGCUUUUAUGUUGCUGGUAUUAUUUAGAUAUUUAAAGCAACAUGUUGUGCAACAACUAGAAAAGGGAGAAGCACAAGUAGCUGAGGAGGAACAACAGCAGGCAACGGUGGUGGCACCAAGGGAGGAAAAGGAACCACCGGCUACUGUGGUGGCAGGAAAUGAGGAAAUGGAAACAGCACAGGCACUAGUGGUGGUAAGAACAGAGGAAAUGGAACCACGGCAGGCAUUAGUGGUUAGUGGGGAAAAAAGAGGUGCUGAAACUAGGUGAAAAAUAAUGCUGUGCUUGCUUCUACUGCAUUAGCUAAACAAAAAUAAUCAAGCAGCACUUUCUUGAUUCCUGACCCUAUAGAUGCACAAAAAUAUAGUCAAUUAGAUGCACAAACAGAAUUCAAGUUAGUGCACAAGUUGGGGCAUGAAGCAGUAUUAUUUUUUCUUUGCUCUCUCCCUCCCUUCUCCUCUCACUCUUCUUUUUCAAACACAUCUUAUUUUCGAUGAUGUAUCAAUUGUAUUAUAAUGAUG